AUGUAUGCCAGCCGUGGCCACUGCCGCCCCUACUGGCUCACAUGGACCUUAUGUUUGGUGAUAAUCGCGGCCUGUGAGAGUGCAGCCUUUCCGGAUAGUUUGAGACUUGUAUGGUUGUCGAACACUUCUCUUACUUGCAAUGAUGGAACACCCGCGGGAUAUUAUUUUCGACGUGGAAACAACAACCAUCAUUGGGUGGUGUACUUGGAAGGCGGUGGUUAUUGUUGGGAUAAGAUAUCAUGUAACGCACGCUGGCGACGCAGGCCCGGUCUCAUGUCGUCCUCACGGUGGCCUAGAGCACGCCGCGCACCGGCUUUGCUCUCCAGUGACCCGCAAGCAAAUCCACUCUGGCACGCAUCUAACCACGUCUUACUGCCAUACUGUUCAAGUGAUAUGUGGACAGGCUCGCGCACACAUCGAACUCUCAAUACGAGUUUUGCCUUUUCUGGACGGCUUAUCGUGCGAUCAGUCCUCAACGAACUUUUUCAGUAUGGACUUAGCGGCCGACUCCUGCUCGUCGGUUCAAGCGCUGGGGGAACGGGAGUUAUGCUUCACGCUGACGCAGCGAGGAGAAGUCUUCGAACGCAUGGCAUACGGGUCGCGGCUAUCGCAGACUCUGGCUGGUUUUUGGACCGGCCUUCGAAAGCAAGACGAGCAUCUUCCGCAUAUAACAUCGCCAGGUUAGGACAUUCGUUAUGGCAAGGAUCACCACCGACGUCAUGCGUCCGGGAGUAUCGGGAUAAACCAUGGCUAUGUUAUUUUGGAUAUCGUUUAUAUCCACAUAUACGAACACCGCUAUUUGUUUUUCAGUACCUUUUUGACUCAGCACAAUUGACGGCUGAAGGGGUUCGAGCUCCACGGACAAGAGCUCAAUGGGAUGCCGUCCACGAGAUGGGAUCGGCUAUAAGGGCCAGUCUUAAGAAUGUGCGUUCUACUUUUGCGCCGGCGUGCAUCGCUCACGGCGCGCUUGCUCGACCAGAGUGGUUGUCAAUUAAUGUGUCAGGCGUGUCAUUACCGCGAGCUAUAUCGUGCUGGGAGAGGCGGUUUAAUAACGGUAGUAAACGGGAGCGCGCUAGAUGUGCACCGCGAAGACUGAUAGAGCGGUGUUCGUGGCCUCAAUGUAAUGGAUCGUGUCCUCGGUUACGGGACCCUCGCACAGGGGAAGAAGUUGCUUUAGCGGCGUUGUUGCAGAGUUUUGGUCUCGAUGUUCGAGGUGCUGCAGCCGCGAUGGGUCUCGACGCUCGCGCUCUAUCACGCAUGAGCCGGGCAGAGCUACUGCCCUUGUUGGCUCCGCAUACG